AUGUACGUGGGUGCCGACUUUUUGGACCAGCGUGCUAUCGAGAUUGUGCAGCGUGCGAUCGACGAAGAUGUGAAGCACAAUUACCAGGAGGCAUACGUGCAGUACCAAAACAGCCUCGACUAUUUCAUGAUGGCGAUCAAAUACGAGAAGAAUGAAAAGUUGAAGCAGCUAAUCCGGUCCAAGUUUGUUGAGUACCUCGAUAGGGCUGAGAAACUGAAAGAGCACUUGGCAAAAGUAGCAAAUGCCGAGACCGCCGUGCCGAGCAAAGGCGGCACGAGCCAAGCCAGGGCCGGCGACGAUGCCGACGACAGCAUCGACGCCGAAACGAAGAAGCUGCGCUCAGGCCUAUCCAGUGUAAUUCUUUCCGAGCGGCCGAACGUGUCGUGGGAAGACGUUGCGGGCCUCUUUACUGCAAAAGAAGCGCUCAAAGAAGCCGUCAUUCUUCCCAUCAAAUUCCCACAGCUGUUUACCGGAAAGCGCAAACCAUGGAGUGGUAUUCUGCUCUACGGCCCGCCCGGCACAGGCAAAUCGUAUCUGGCCAAGGCGAUUGCGACACAGUCGCAGUCUACAUUUUUCAGCGUCUCGAGCUCGGACCUGGUGUCCAAGUGGAUGGGGGAGAGCGAGCGCUUGGUCAAGCAGCUGUUUACCAUGGCCCGUGAAGCGCGCCCGUCGAUCAUAUUUAUUGACGAAGUCGACUCGCUGUGCGGCACCCGGAAUGAAGGCGAGAGCGAAGCGUCGCGGCGCAUCAAGACCGAGUUUCUUGUGCAGAUGAACGGCGUGGGAAACGACGACCAGUCGGAUGUGCUCGUGCUCGGCGCCACCAACAUAUUUGAAAAACGCGUGUACAUCCCGCUGCCCGAGCAAGACGCACGGCACCGCAUGUUCGAGCUUAACAUUGGCGCCACGCCGUGCGAUUUACAGCCCAAAGACUUGCGCAACCUUGCCGAGCAGACCGUGGGGUACUCGGGCUCUGAUAUUGCCGUCCUCGUGCGCGACGCAUUAAUGCAGCCUGUGCGCCGCGUCAUGAAUGCGACGCAUUUUAAAAAGGUCAUGGCGCCUCCACGCCCCCAGGGUGGCGAAGCUGCACCAGAGGUAGAGGAGCUCAAGGUAUUCUACACGCCGUGUUCCCCUGGCGAUCCAGACGCUAUGGAAAUGACGUGGGCCGACGUCGCGUCCGACGAUUUGCUCGAGCCAAAACUCGUAUUGAGCGACUUCCUCAAGGCGAUCCAGACGAUCCGCCCAUCUGUGACACCAGCAGACAUCGCCAAACAUCUCGAGUUUACACAAGAGGCAGGCGUGGAGUAA